AUGAAGACCCAUCUCAACUAUACAGACAACGAGGGCUCCACAACUUUUAUGGCCCCACAAAGUGAAGAAAUACCGCCCAGGAAAAGAGUGACCCUCAUGGGAGGUGACAUUCCUCUUCCUCUGUCUCCCUUAAAACAACCAAUCAAACCCUUUCUAGAUCCAAAUCAGAUGCCAAUAAGAAGCUCAGGACUGGACUGUGGUGACAUAGAUCCCUUUGUUCAAUCGGACAGCUUUGUUUACCUCGCUGUGUCUGCAAAACCCGCCUCCCAGGGGGAAGUCGCCACAAAGACAGAAGUUCCCACCCAUGGUAUAAAACAAGGCAGUGUACAAAAGCGUUCAAAUAGCGUGAAAACACACUUUGACCAGUCAAAUACAGAAUGGCGGACCAAGCCAACUCAACUUGGUCCACAAAAACCAGAGGAAGGAGACUUUCUGUGCACUGACAGCUUUGUGUACCUGGCUGCUCCGGCCUGCCACCUAUUGGGCCCCACAGGAACUGCACCCUACAGCGGCAGGGAGUCCGACUCGGAGAGUUCAGGAUCUGGCCCUGGUGACAUGUCAGUUCUGGGUUGUGGCUCGGUGGCAGGGGACAGUGACUGGGACUCAGACCUGUCUGACUCUGAUCCCAGUCGCCCCCCCAGGAUCUCUUCUGCUGGAAACAGAGCUGCCGCCGCAUCACGAUCAGAGCUGCACGCUGAACCGGGCUGGGACUUAUUCGGAGAUACCACAGAGCCUGAAGUGCUGAGUGAGCUUUUCACGGAACAGGAUAAAAACAACAAUGGUAAAGCAAUGAAGGUUACCGGGGUAACCAGCAGCCUGGAAGAUUCAACGACCAUUCCCAUGGCAACUCAGCGUGUCACUUCGCCAGUGAAACGGUCGACAACAGUGGAGCAGGCGUCAACAAAGGUGACAUGGCAGUUUAGACCUGCCCAGAGGUCAGUCUGCACAGGAAGUAGAAAAGAGAAAGAGAAGGAAAUGACGUCAUCGUCAUCAGUAAUGUUCACGGAACUGAGAGGAGAAGAGACCCAUAGAGGCUCCCCUUCAUCUUCAUCGUCUUCAUCAUCGUCAUCAUCUUCUGGUUGA